AUGGAGGUCUGCCGCCGCCUCCUUAGAAAAAACGGCUGCAGCAGCGGUCUGCUUGUCUUGUGUGACGGCCGCAAAUUUGGAAGCAGCAGCUGCUGCAGUUGCAGCAGCAGCGGCAGCAGCAGCAGCAGCAGCAGCUGCCAAGGCCCUCAGGGAAUACCCACAUAUGCAGCAGCAGGAGCAGAAAACGAAGCAGCAAGUUCAGCACCAAGCGCAGCAGCAAGUGCAGCCCCACGCGCAGCAGCAAGUGCAGCAGCAAGUGCAGCAGCAAGUGCAGCAGCAAGUGCUGCAGCACAUAGAAACCCUGGAAAGGGGAGGUUAGCGAGGAAGAAAGAAAGGAGAAGAAAGGAGGCCCAAGAAGUUCCUUUAAUCUCCUUUCUAACGAGCAGCAGCGGCAGCGGCAACAGGAACACUACGAGCAGCAGCAGCAGCAGCAGCAGCAGCAACGCAACUAGCAGCACGAGCAGCUGCAGCAGCUGCUGCAACAAGAGGGGAAAUGACAAGUGCAUGCAAGUGCGCCCUGCGUCGGAAGAGACAGAAACAACAAUUAUGGCAACGCCCUUGGCAGCAGAAAUGACAGCAGCAGGAGUAGCAGCAGCACCAGCUGCAGCAGGUUCAGCAGCAGCGGCAGUGGCAGGUGGCGAUGACAGCAGGUACAACAGCAGCAGCAGCAGCAGCGGCCAAAGCAGCAGCAGCAAAGACGGCGGAAGUGGCUGCAGGGGCUCUACAAGCCGCAGCAAUGUGGGCGAAAUCGCGGGUCCUCCAUCAAGCAGCAGCAGCAGCAGCAGCAGCAGCAGCAGCAGCAGCAAAGGCGAAGCUAGAGGAAGUGCGCAGUUUGACAGAGUGCUGCUCGAUGUCCAGUGCACGCACGACGCGAGCAUUAGGCACCUCUCCAGAUUUCGCGAAGCAAUCAAACAGCGACAACAGCAGCAGCAGCAGCAGCAGCAGCAACAGCAGCAGCCGCAAAGAGAGUCCACUUCGCCAGAUUUGCCAGUGCGCGGGGAGUCCGAAGCCUCCGCUGACUCUUCUUCUUCACAGCUCACUGAACUGGAAGAGCUGCUGCUGCUGCAGCGGGAGCUGCUGCUUCGCGCCUACGAAUUGCUGGUUCCCGGGGGCCUCUUGGUGUACAGCAGCUGCAGCAAUGACGAGCAGCAAAACGAAGGGGCUGUGCUGCACCUGCUGCAGCAGCAGCCAGCUGUCCUGUAUCCACUCCCCUGCAAGGGUCUCCUCUACCCUCACCCAAACCCAACAACACACAGCAGCAGGGAAACCCUUACGGGGGUCCCUGUGGAGGCCCCCGUAGGGGCCCCUGUGGGGGCCCCUGUGGGGGCCCCUGUGGAGCUCGUGGGGGGCCCCCAAGGGCCCCCUGCGAAGGGCCUCCAGAGGAUCCCCCAAGAGAGCAAUUUGGCCCAAAGCGGUCCUCAGUGGGUCUCGAGGGGCCCCCAAGCAGCCAUGGCUGAAGCGGAGGCCUCUGGGGCCCCCUCAUCUACGGGUCUGCAAGACUCCGACACCUGCAGGGGCCCCCUGCCCGCGGCUGGGGUCACCUCAGGGGCCCGGGGGCCCCCCAAUAGCUUGGCUGCUGAACUCUUGCUGUGCCCUGUCACGGGGGGCCCCUGCAGAGGGUUUGCUGAUGCGUAUUCGUUUCUAGAGAGCCAUGCAGUAUGGCCUGCGAGGCCUUCGCGCUUGGAAAAGAUGAAGGAGCUGCCAAGACACGAAAGCUGCUGGACGAAGCCAGAUAGCAGCAGCAGCAGCAACAGCAGCAGCAGCAGCAGUGGAAGUAGAAGCAGCGGGGAGCUCAGACCCAGCAGCUGCUACUUUCCGGGGGAGAAGGGUCUGACCAGCGGCAUAUUUCUGUGCUGCAUCUCGAAGCCGCAACCUGAAUUCUAA